AUGCGUUUUGUCAUGUCGUCCAUUUUUGACUGGGCCGCUUCAAACGGAGGCCGACAUGAUGACGAUGACACGUUGCCAAUCUUUAUGAUUGGCUGUAAAAAACCUUUACCGUACCAUCAAGAGGGUGCUGGUUCGACAGAUUCCGACUCGAUACGUUGCCCGGCGAUCGAUGCAAAAGCAAUCCUUUAUAUUGAAGUUGUGCCAGAUCUGGAUUUUGUCCGAUUCUUCUGCACCGCUCAGCAGCAAUCGGUUAGGCAGGGGGAGGCGGCACUGGGUCACGAUGUUCACGGCCAAUUAGCAGGCUUGCAUGAAGUUUGGUCUAUUCUUUAUGUUGGCUCCGGUACCAACCUAUUUUUUAAGAAUAGCUCCUGA